AUGUUUAAAAAAGACCUCCAAGCCGCGCCCAAGCAAAAGCUGAAGUCGUCCGUCCAGCGCUCGCUGCGUCAGGCGCUGCUGACCACCUACCCGCUCCUGAACCCGUACAUUGACGAGGUGCUCCCCAAAAAGGCCUCGCUGUCCUCGAUCAAGCUGCCCGACCGCAACACGCUCUACGUCGUCGACGCCACCACGCCGGUCUUCUACCAGCAGGACUCGGGCGACAUCCUGCCGCACCUGCGCCUCGUGCACCGCUUCCCGCAGAGCUUCCCCUCGGUCCGCAUCGACCGCGGCGCCAUCCGCUUCGUGCUCUCGGGCGCCACCCUCAUGGCCCCCGGCCUGACGUCGGCCGGCGGUCGUCUGCCCGCCGAGGGCAGCCCCAAGGGCCUGCAGGAGGGCAAGGAGAUGGAGCAAAAGGUCGACGCCGAGGGGCGGUGGAGCAGGGAGCUGGUCAAGGGCGAGCCGGUGGUCAUCAUGGCCGAGGGCAAGGAGGAGGCGUGUGCGGUGGGUGUCUUGGUGGAGGGCACGGCGGAGGUCAAGGCCAAGGGCAAAGGGCCCGUGGUGGAGGAGGCGCAUUACCUGGGCGAUGGGCUGUGGAAUCUAAACUUGGAUUAG